GAUGACGAACUAGAACAAGUUUUAGAUGAUUAUGAGGAAGAGGAACUUAGCGAAAUUGAAGCAUAUAUGGCAGACAGUCAAGAAGAAUAUGAGGAGAAAACUGAUCUUCUACCCUUCGACUACAACCCCUGGAAUGAAGAAAAUCCUGUCUAUUUAACUCUAGAAAUUGAAAAAUCAGAAAACGAAUGGCACAUUUCUUCUAAACAUAACUCUAUUAAAGAUAAUAAAGAAAAAUGGUUUGAGGAACAAUUACUUCAACAGUUCUCCAACUACAACAAGAAAAUGCAUAUUCUCAACUUUAUGAAAUGUUAG